AAUAUUUCAACAUUAAUAAUUUAUUUACUUAUUUUUACUAUUUUUUAAAUAUAGAUAUAUUUUUUACACAUUUUGUAUGCAGUUAAAAUUUCCAACUGCAGCCUACUCUGAAGUAGUCAUGGAAGAAGGAAUAUAAAAUUUACCCAGGAAUAUUAUUUCCCUGGUAAAGUACUGAAAAGGGAUGGAUUUAUCACCUCCGCCCUUUUUUGAUAUCCAAUUAGAAGGUUUAUCCCUGGAUUCUGAGGUUUUCAACACAUGUCAAAGAAUUCUACACUCUUACAGCACUGGUGCAGAAUCUCACAUAGGUGAUAGGGGAGACAAAUCUACCUACAAACUCCAAGAUGAAGAACCAUUACGACCUUCUCCUUCCUAUAUAUCAUCACUAAUUAAGACUGGCCCUGAAGCCAUAAAGAAAGAGCUUGAGAAGUUAAGCCACUGCUUAUCAACACUAGAUUCACUAAUGAACAAGGUGCUACUCAACCAUACAACUGAGAUAGUUCAGAGCUUUGAAGAGGUUAACGACUAUACAGCUACACUUGACUCUCUGAACCUUGAUCUGAACCACUUGAACGAGGGCGUUAUCUGCAAUUACAGGGGCAUUUUAUCCUUCUUCAACACUGUAGAAGCUGACACCACAUCUUUAGAGCGUUUACGCAGCUUGUAUUUAUACUCGUUAGAGUGUAGGAGGAUUAUUUUAUUCCUCGAAGAUCUUCAUGAGAGGAGCAAGAGGCUCAAGUCCUCAGUAAAGGAUUUUUUAGAAAUGCUUCUGAUAUCUUCAAAGUGCAUGAUGUGUCUUGAUAAAAUACUCACCUUGGAGAAGACUGAGGGUAUUUUAAAAAUUAUGCAGUAUUGCGAAGAUUUAAAGAAUUACAUAGUAAAGUUUGUGUAUAACUACGCAUAUUCUCCUUUGUUUGAGCUUAGUGGAGCCCAGGACGGUUCAACUCUCAACCAAAUGAAUCUUGUCGAGCCAGAUAAAGACAUUGAAAAAAUAGUUGUAAUAUCCCAUGUAAUAUACAGAGAACUAUCAGUGUCUUCCAAAGGUAUGCUGGAAUUAGUUGAAAAUUUGGUCUACGACUGUAGCAGUUGCAUUGACAUGGCCGAGGUAAUGAGUGAAAGUAACUAUGAAGAGUGGCAGGGCAUAUUCAUGUCUCAGGUUUCACAGUUCUUCCUAAAGUACGUUAGGAACCAGAAAAGCCUUUAUUUCAUCUGCAAGUGCACCAAACACUCACUACUGGAAAAGCUGGACAAAAAUGAACGUGAAACCAUAUCUCAUUACCUGGAAACUUACGUCCAUGAGGACCAAAAGGAACCCUUCUCACUACUCGAACUUUACACUAAAAGAUCAAUUGCAUUUCUACAAUCAACUCUAUCCAAAUUAUACUCAAAUGACAGUUAUGAUGUCGUGAUGUUAGUUCCACAGUUAAUAUCGCUGGGUGAUACUAUGCACGCAGAGUUGACACACAUCAACAUCCCUUUCAACAUACACAGGCACUACUACAAGACCCUGUGUGAGGAUUAUGCUAAGAUUUUUGUCUCAAUAGCAGCCAAGAAGAUCAUCCCAGUGUCAAAAACAUCUUUUCUAAACUGCAUCAAGGCACUUCCGACACUUGAAACUUCACCUCCGGCAGUGUCAACCGAAUUAAACCAGGCUACCCACAUGCUGAUGAACCUGCCAGUGAACAAUGAGCUCUGGAGUGUGGUCUCAGAUUUCUUGGAAAAGUCCAAGAUGUGUCCAUCUUUGUUCAAACAGAUUUGUUCAAUCGUUUCCUCAGCACUUGAGACAGUAUUUGGAAACAUUUCACAGAUAAAAUCUUUCAAGGGAACGAAGUUGAGCUUGAGUGCCGGCGGGAGUAAGAUAACACUCGUUAAGCCUAACGAUUGCCAAGUCUUAAACGCAAAACUCUUUCAAUACGUCUUCACAAUUGUGGAUGGGAUUGAGUCAAACCUGGGUUCACUGAUAACACCUGACUCUAACUUAUCAAAGGUUUUAGAGUAUGGAAAAGCCAUAGAGUUGGUUAGUAGCUGGUCUGACGAUGCUUCUGAUACAAUAUGGCAUAUACUUUCAUACAUUUCUGUUGAUAACAUGGAGUUCAACUGGACUUGCCAGCAGGUAAGUAUAUCAACCAACAACAUAAUUAAGAUUUUAAACUUCCUUAAAGACUCUUACUUCGAUCCUCUGUUACCAGUAGGAAAGACAAACCUCUUAUUAAAGUUUUGUUCAGCAACUGUUGCUUCCUUCCUUGUUUAUUCUAUAACCACUUGGCCACUGAAUGAUGAUGAGAAACUGACUAUGAUCAAUUUCACCACUGAAUUGGAGUUCACACUCUCCGAUGUUCUACAUCAGAAGCUAGGCCAUCCAGAGAGUUACCACAUUUCGUUCCUGAAAAGGCUUGUUUAUCUCUCUGAUCAUGAGUUAUUCUCAGUGUUUUCACAGGGUCAAACUCCCCUUACCAAGGACGUACUACUGUUACACAUAACUGUCAGAAUUCUGAGAGAUAACUCAGUCAACACAUCCUUAUACAAACAUUUAAACUACAACAGCGUUCACUUUAUGCUAGCAUCUUUUAGAAACUCGCUGUUACAAGGCCACGAAUCAGAGAACUUCGAAAAAUUGGGUCAGUUUCUGACUACACUUUCUAUAAAUUCACCUCUUUACAGUGACUUAAUACCAUAUUUAACUGGAUUCUAGUUUCAGUGACUCACACACUGUACUGUAUUAUAAACUGUUAUGUUGGUGUAAUAUUAAUCUUAUAUUCAUUAUUCUA